AUGAGCACCCAGUACCAGCCACCCAACAUCUACCUUGUCGGAGCCCAUUGUACCGGGAAGACGACCCUUGUCGAGGGCCUCCGUACCCACCCCGCGAUCAUUGACGAGCUUGUCCGGAACAUCAUGCGCACGGACGGAUUCACUGCAAGUGAUGUCAGAAAUCCCACCGCGGGGCUGGAGCUUCAAAAGCGCACCAUAAUAGCCCAACACCAAGUGGAAGAAAAGCUAAAAGGCAAAUGGUUCAUUUCAGAUAGAUCAGGAAUCGAUCCUAUCGCGUACGCUGAGGUGUUUCUGGGACAAUCAGCGGCUGAGGAGCUGACAAAACUGAAAGAAUGGCGCGUCCUUCGGGACAAGAUGAAGAAGGCAUGCGUCGUCGUUUGCGAGCCCCAGAACGCGAGCUGGUUAUCGAGCGAUCAUGUCCGCGUGGCAUGUAACGAUGUUGAAGAGUGGCGUUCGAUCGCCGGAGCUUUCCGGACUGCUCUGCAGAGUCAUGGAAUUCCUUAUGUGACUGUCCCGCUUGGAAUGGAAGACUUGGGACAACGAGUGCAAUUUGUUGAAGGCCUUCUCAGGUCCUCUGCCAAGUCGGGGAUGUUUCGGUCGUGA